AUGCGAGCACAAGGAAAAUACUUAACCACAUUUACCAUCGUCGCACAUACAACGGGUAAUAAUUUUUAUCCUGAACCAAAUUGUCUUACUGCCAAGGAUGGAACAUUUGUUGAAUUACUGUGGGUUGAAAAUGGAAAUAAUACAAUCACCACCAAUGCGGGAUCUUUUGGUGAUUAUAAUUGUAACCAGAGCUUUAUAUUGAACAUUUUUAAGGAGAGAGAAAGAACAAACGAUACAUCAAUUACAACGCCACAACUAUUAAAAUUUAAUAACAAUACUAAAUUUAAUUAUGAAUUAUAUUACAAGUGUGAUCUUGAAGAUCAGAGUUUUACGAAAGUUAUUUGCGAAGGAGCUCCCAGCUCAAUUUCGUCUAACAGAAAUGGAGGAAUAAUUAAAGUAGAAAAGGAUUUGGAGAUGGCCUUUUACUAUUAUCAAAAAGCAGCUGAAAGUGAUCAUGUUGACGCAAUGUUUUUUUUAGCCUGUCAUUAUUACAUUGGGGAUGAGAUAGAGAAGGAUUUGGAGAAAGCCUUUCACUGGUGGCAAAAAGCAGCAGAAAAUGAUCAUGUUCAAGCAAUGUUCAUUUUAGCUAAUAAUUAUUACAGUGGAAAGGAAAUAGAAAAGGAUUUGGGUAAGGCUUUUUAUUGGUAUCAAAAAGCAGCAGAAAAUGAUCAUGUUGACGCAAUGUUUAUUUUAGCUGGUUAUUAUUACAGUGGAGAGGAAAUAGAAAAGGAUUUGGAAAAGGCUUUUCAUUGGUAUCAAAAAGCAGCAGAAAAUGAUCAUGUUGACGCAAUGUUUAUUUUGGCCUGUCAUUAUUUCAGUGGAAAGGAAAUAGAAAAGGAUUUGAAAAAGGCUUUUCAUUGGUGUCAAAAAGCAGCAGAAAGAGAUCUUGUUGAUGCAAUGUAUUUUUUAGCCUGUAAUUAUUACAUUAGGAAGGAAAUAGAGGAGGAUUUGGAGAAAGCCUUUCACUGGUAUCAAAAAGCAGCAGAAAGUGAUCAUGUUGACGCAAUGUUUAUUUUAGCUGGUUACUAUUACAGUGGAGAGGAAGUAGAAAAGGAUUUGGAAAAGGCUUUUCAUUGGUAUCAAAAAGCAGCAGAAAAUGAUCAUGUUAACGCAAUGUUUAUUUUGGCCUGUCAUUAUUAUAGUGGAAAAGAAAUAGAAAAGGAUUUGGAAAAGGCUUUUCAUUGGUAUCAAAAAGCAGCAGAAAGAGAUCAUGUUGAUGCAAUGUAUAUUUUUGCCUGUCAUUAUUACAAUGGAAAGGGGACAGAAAAGAACUUGGAGAAAGCCUUUUACUGGUAUCAAAAAGCAGCAGAAAAUGAUCAUAUCGAUGCAAUGUUUAAUUUGGCCCGUCAUUAUUACAGUGAAAAGGGAUCAAAAAAGGAUUUGGAGAAAGCCUUUUACUAUUAUCAAAAAGCAGCUGAAAGAAACCAUGUUAAUGCAAUGUUUUGUGUAGCCCUUUGUUAUAACAAUGGGAAGGGAGUGGAAAAGGAUUUGGAGAAGGCCCUUUACUGGUAUCAAAAAGCAGCAGAAAAUGAUCAUGGUGAUGCAAUGUUUAGUCUGGCCAGUCAUUAUUAUAUUGGAGAGGAGACAGAGAAGGAUUCGGGGAAAGCCUUUUACUGGUUUCAAAAAGCGGCUGAAAGUGGAGAUGAAAAGGCAAUGUUAUUUGUGGCCUUUUGUUAUAAUGAUGGGGAGGGAGUGGAAAAGGAUUUAGAGAAGUCUUUUUACUGGCAUCAAAAAGCAGCAGAAGGUGGAGAUGAAGAUGCAAUGUUUAGUGUAGCCUUUUGUUAUGACAAUGGGAAGGGGGUGAAAAAAGAUUUGGAGAAGGCCCUUCACUGGUAUCAAAAAGCAGCAGAAAGAGAUCAUGUUAAAGCAAUGUUUUGUUUGGCCAAUCAUUAUGACAGUGGGGAGGAAAUGGAAAAGGAUUUGGAGAAGUCCUUUCACUGGUAUCAAAAAGCAGCUGAAAGAGAUCAUGUUGAUGCAAUGUUUAAUGUAGCCCUUUAUUAUAACAAAGGGAAGGGAGUGGAAAAGGAUUUGGAGAAGGCUUUUCACUGGUAUCAAAAAGCAGCUGAAAAUGGACAUGAAAGAGCAAUGUUUAAUUUGGCCGGCCAUUAUUAUAGUAGGGAGGGAGCUGAAAAGGAUUUGGAGAAAGCCUUUUACUGGUAUCAAAAAACAGCAGAAAAUGGAGAUAAAGAUGCAAUGUUUAAUGUGGCAUUUUGCUAUAACAAUGGGGAGGGAACAGAAAAAAAUUUGGAGAAAGCCUUUCACUGGUAUAAAAAAGCAGCAGAAAGCGGUAAUGAAAAGGCAAUGAAUAAAUUAGUUAAUCAUUAUAAAAAUGGGGAGGGAAUAGAAAAAAAUUUGGAGAAGGCUUUUUAUUGGUAUCAAAAAACAGCAGAAGGUGAAAAGGUAAUAAAUAACUCAGUUGAUAUAAAUUGGGAUGGAACAGAGAAGGAUUUUUAUUGGUAUCAAAAAAUACCAGCAAUUAAGGAAAUAAAAUUCAUUGGAUUAUGUAAUGGAUGCAAGCUACCAUAUACUGAUUAUCAAUGGUGUCAGCAAUGUAAUCCUGAACAAUUUCAACAAAAUUUUUCAAAGUGGACUAGUAAAAAUGAAUUUAUUGAUAAAUUUAUUCAAGAUGCUCAACUAAAUGCUAAAAAUAGUUAUGAAGUUUUGGAAUGGAUACCUUACAAUAAACUGUCAAAUAUUCAUUAUUAUGAUAAAGGAGGAUUCAGUAAAAUUUAUAAAGCUAUCUGGUUAGAUGGACCUAUUGAUAGUUGGAAUUUUAAUGAACAACAAUGGAAUAGAUGUAACUUUCAAACAGGAUAUGAAGUUGUUCUUAAAACACUAUAUAAUUCGUCAAAAAUAGAUGAUAAAUUUUUGAAUGAGUGGAAACAUCACUAUAACUGUCAGAAAAGAUCAUUUUCAAAAUUUAUUCAAUUCUUUGGAAUUACUCAAGAUCCAUAUAACUUGAAUUAUGUAAUAAUAAUGAGUUGUGCAAAAAAAGGAAAUUUGAGAAAAUGUUUAUCUGAUAUAAUUAAGUUUAAGUGGCAAGACAAGUUACAAUUAUUAAAAAAAAUUAUAUUAGGACUUAAAGUAAUUCAUGAUUCAAAUUUAACUCAUGGUGAUUUUCAUGAUGGUAAUAUUUUGAUAUCAGAUGAUUAUGGUGAAUUAUUUAUCAUUGACUUAGGAUUAUGUAAACCUGUAGAUGAUGAUAAAAAGGAUAAUGAAGUUUAUGGAGUUUUGCCUUAUAUGGCACCUGAAAUAUUAAGGUACACACCUUAUACCCCUGCAAGUGAUAUUUACAGUUUGUCAAUGAUAAUGUGGGAAUUUACAUCAGGUAUUCCUCCAUUUAAUAAUAGAACAUAUGAUCAUCAUCUUAUCUUGGAUAUUUGUGAAGGUGAACGCCCUCAAAUUAUGAGAGAUGCUCCAGAAUGUUAUGUAAAUUUAAUGAAAAAAUGUUGGGAUUCAAAUCCUUCCAAUAGACCAACUAUAACUGAGCUUGAAUAUAAAAUAUCUGAAUGGAUUAGAUGUAUUAGUGAAUAUUAUAUAUAUAACAAAGAUGGGAAUUAUAAGGUUGCAGUACCUGAUGUUGAUAUUGAAUUAACAAAUGAUAUGCUUGAAUUUGCAAAAGCAAAUAAUCAAGAAGAAAAUAAACAAGAAAAACCCAAUAUUUUUGUUAUGCAAUCUUAUUUACAAGCAAAUUAUACAAGUCGCAAGUUUACUAAAAUUACUGAAAUUUUAGCUGAAGAAGAUUCUAAAUAUAAAUGUUUAGCCCAAUUUUGGUUAUAA